AUGCUCCCCUCCCUGCUAUGGUUCCUCUCCUUCCUUCCCUGCUGUGGUUCCUCUGCUCCUCUCCCUACUGUGGUUCUUCUCCUCCCCUCCCUGCUGUGGUUCCCCUGCUCCCCUCCCUGCUGUGACUCCUCUCCUCCCUACCCUGCUGUGGUUCACCUGCUCCCUUCCCUGCUGUGGUUCCUCUCCUCCCUUCCCUGCUGUGGUUCCCCUGCUCCUCUCCCUGCUGUGGUUCCUCUCCUCCCCUCCCUGCUGUGGUUCCUCUCCUCCCCUCCAUGCUGUGGUUCCUCUCCUCCCUUCCCUGCUGUGGUUCCCACGCUCCCCUCCCUGCUAUGGUUCCUCUCCUCCCUUCCCUGCUGUGUUUCCCCUGCUCCUCUCCCUGCUGUGGUUCCUCUCCUCCCCUCCCUUCUGUGGUUCCUCUCCUCCCCUCCAUGCUGUGGUUCCUCUCCUCCCUUCCCUGCUGUGGUUCCCACGCUCCCCUCCCUGCUAUGGUUCCUCUCCUCCCUUCCCUGCUGUGGUUCCCCUGCUCCUCUCCCUGCUGUGGUUCCUCUCCUCCCCUCCCUGCUAUGGUUCCUCUCCUCCCCUCCCUGCUAUGGUUCCUCUCCUCCCUUCCCUGCUGUGGUUCCCCUGCUCCUCUCCUUGCUGUGGUUCCUCUCCUCCCCUCCCUGCUAUGGUUCCCCUGCUCCCCUCCCUUCCCUGCUGUGGUUCACCUGCUCCAUUCCCUGCUGUGGUUCCUCUCCUCCCCUCCCUGCUGUGGUUCCCCUGCUCCCCUCCCUGCUGUCACUCCUCUCCUCCCUUCCCUGCUGUGGUUCACCUGCUCCCUUCCCUGCUGUGGUUCCUCUCCUCCCUUCCCUGCUGUGGUUCCCCUGCUCCUCUCCCUGCUGUGGUUCCUCUCCUCCCCUCCCUGCUGUGGUUCCUCUCCUCCCCUCCAUGAUGUGGUUCCUCUCCUCCCUUCCCUGCUGUGGUUCCCACGCUCCCCUCCCUGCUAUGGUUCCUCUCCUCCCUUCCCUGCUGUGGUUCACCUGCUCCCUUCCCUGCUGUGGUUCCUCUCCUCCCUUCCCUGCUGUGGUUCCCCUGCUCCUCUCCCUGCUGUGGUUCCUCUCCUCCCCUCCCUGCUGUGGUUCCUCUCCUCCCCUCCAUGCUGUGGUUCCUCUCCUCCCUUCCCUGCUGUGGUUCCCACGCUCCCCUCCCUGCUAUGGUUCAUCUCCUCCCUUCCCUGCUGUGGUUCCCCUGCUCCUCUCCCUGCUUUGGUUCCUCUCCUCCCCUCGCUGCUGUGGUUCCUCUCCUCCCCUCCAUGCUGUGGUUCCUCUCCUCCCUUCCCUGCUGUGGUUCCCACGCUCCCCUCCCUGCUAUGGUUCCUCUCCUCCCUUCCCUGCUGUGGUUCCCCUGCUCCUCUCCUUGCUGUGGUUCCUCUCCUCCCCUCCCUGCUAUGGUUCCCCUGCUCCCCUCCCUUCCCUGCUGUGGUUCACCUGCUCCAUUCCCUGCUGUGGUUCCUCUCCUUCCCUCCCUGCUGUGGUUCCCCUGCUCCCCUCCCUGCUGUCACUCCUCUCCUCCCUUCCCUGCUGUGGUUCACCUGCUCCCUUCCCUGCUGUGGUUCCUCUCCUCCCUUCCCUGCUGUGGUUCUCCUGCUCCUCUCCCUGCUGUGGUUCCUCUCCUCCCCUCCCUGCUGUGGUUCCUCUCCUCCCCUCCAUGAUGUGGUUCCUCUCCUCCCUUCCCUGCUGUGGUUCCCACGCUCCCCUCCCUGCUAUGGUUCCUCUCCUCCCUUCCCUGCUGUGGUUCCCCUGCUCCUCUCCCUGCUGUGGUUCCUCUCCUCCCCUCCCUGCUGUGGUUCCCCUGCUCCCCUCCCUGCUGUCACUCCUCUCCUCCCUUCCCUGCUGUGGUUCACCUGCUCCCUUCCCUGCUGUGGUUCCUCUCCUCCCUUCCCUGCUGUGGUUCUCCUGCUCCUCUCGCUGCUGUGGUUCCUCUCCUCCCCUCCCUGCUGUGGUUCCUCUCCUCCCCUCCAUGAUGUGGUUCCUCUCCUCCCUUCCCUGCUGUGGUUCCCACGCUCCCCUCCCUGCUAUGGUUCCUCUCCUCCCUUCCCUGCUGUGGUUCCCCUGCUCCUCUCCCUGCUGUGGUUCCUCUCCUCCCCUCCCUGCUAUGGUUCCUCUCCUCCCCUCCAUGAUGUGGUUCCUCUCCUCCCUUCCCUGCUGUGGUUCCCACGCUCCCCUCCCUGCUAUGGUUCCUCUCCUCCCUUCCCUGCUGUGGUUCCCCUGCUCCUCUCCCUGCUGUGGUUCCUCUCCUCCCCUCCUUGCUAUGGUUCCCCUGCUCCCCUCCCUUCCCUGCUGUGGUUCACCUGCUCCCUUCCCUGCUGUGGUUCCUCUCCUCCCCUCCCUGCUGUGGUUCCCCUGCUCCCCUCCCUGCUGUGACUCCUCACCUCUCUUCCCUGCUGUGGUUCCCCUGCUCCCUUCCCUGCUGUGGUUCCUCUCCUCCCUUCCCUGCUGUGAUUCUCCUACUCCUCUCCCUGCUGUGGUUCCUCUCCUCUCCUCCCUGGUGUGGUUCCCGUGCUCCUCUCCCUGCUGUGUUUCCUCUCCUCCCCUCCCUGCUGUGGUUCCCCUGUCCCCACAUCUGCUCUUACUCCAAGCUCGGAGCACUGCAAUUCCACCAUUCAUCUCCUCUAGACAUGCACUGACGCCACCCUCCUUGUCGGAUUGCGGGGACGCUCCUUACGACGCCGCUGGGUGUAACCCUCAGUAUCUGCUCGCUUUCCUUGAGCACACUCUCUACGUCUCUGCCGUUUAUAGCCACUACCAGCCUUACCACCGGUUGCAUGACCACGCUUUCCGCUAUACUGGUGGUUGCGCGCUCCUCGUGCCCUCCCCCCUCUCCUACCGUCGUCAUUACUCCCGGACCCACGCCACGGCUCUCCCUCCCACCCUCCUCAUGCCCUCGAACAUCGUGUGCAUCGGCCGCACGAACACCUGCUGGAGUAGAGGGAAAAGACGCAUCAUGCUUCAUAUCACGCUCUCCCUCACGCUCUCCCUCACGCUCAGCCUCACGCUCUCCCUCCCGCCUGCCCUCACGCCUGCCUUCACGCCUGCCCUCAAGCCCUCCCUCACGCCUGCCCUCACGCUCUCCAUCACGCUCAUCCCCACGCUCAUGCCCUUUCUCUGGCAGUUGCUCCUUGUCAUCUACAUCUUCCACAAGUCCUGUUGCACCAGGCGCGUCUUGUCUUUCUCUUUUCAUUUUCUUGGCUCCAGCAAGGGUACCUACAACACGCACGAAGUAAGGAUGAUACGCUCAGUUAAUAGGAGGGCAGCACCUCUCUGGAUUGGCAUGCAACUCCCCCUUCCCCUACUCAUCAUCCCAUGCCUGUCCAUGCGCAGCACGCAACUCCCCCUUCCCCUACUCAUCAUCCCAUGCCUGUCCAUGCGCAGCAUGCAACUCCCCCUUCCCCUACUCAUCAUCCCAUGCCUGUCCAUGCGCAGCACGCAACCCCCCCUUCCCCUACUCAUCAUCCCAUGCCUGUCCAUGCGCAGCACGCAACUCCCCCUUCCCCUACUCAUCAUCCCAUGCCUGUCCAUGCGCAGCACGCAACCCCCCCUUCCCCUACUCAUCAUCCCAUGCCUGUCCAUGCGCCGCACGCAACUCCCCCUUCCCCUACUCAUCAUCCCAUGCCUGUGCAUGCGCAGCACGCAACCCCCCCUUCCCCUACUCAUCAUCCCAUGCCUGUCCAUGCGCCGCACGCAACCCCCCCUUCCCCUACUCAUCAUCCCAUGCCUGUCCAUGCGCCGCACGCAACCCCCCCUUCCCCUACUCAUCAUCCCAUGCCUGUCCAUGCGCCGCACGCAACCCCCCCUUCCCCUACUCAUCAUCCCAUGCCUGUCCAUGCGCAGCAUGCAACUCCCCCUUCCCCUACUCAUCAUCCCAUGCCUGUCCAUGCGCAGCACGCAACCCCCCCUUCCCCUACUCAUCAUCCCAUGCCUGUCCAUGCGCCGCACGCAACUCCCCCUUCCCCUACUCAUCAUCCCAUGCCUGUCCAUGCGCAGCAUGCAACUCCCCCUUCCCCUACUCAUCAUCCCAUGCCUGUCCAUGCGCCACACGCAACUCCCCCUUCCCCUACUCAUCAUCCCAUGCCUGUCCAUGCGCAGCACGCAACCCCCCCUUCCCCUACUCAUCAUCCCAUGCCUGUCCAUGCGCAGCACGCAGCUCCCCCUUCCCCUACUCAUCAUCCCAUGCCUGUCCAUGCGCAGCAUGCAACUCCCCCUUCCCCUACUCAUCAUCCCAUGCCUGUCCAUGCGCAGCACGCAACCCCCCCUUCCCCUACUCAUCAUCCCAUGCCUGUCCAUGCGCAGCAUGCAACUCCCCCUUCCCCUACUCAUCAUCCCAUGCCUGUCCAUGCGCCACACGCAACUCCCCCUUCCCCUACUCAUCAUCCCAUGCCUGUCCAUGCGCAGCAUGCAACUCCCCCUUCCCCUACUCAUCAUCCCAUGCCUGUGCAUGCGCAGCACGCAACUCCCCCUUCCCCUACUCAUCAUCCCAUGCCUGUCCAUGCGCAGCACGCAACUCCCCCUUCCCCUACUCAUCAUCCCAUGCUUGUCCAUGCGCAGCAUGCAACUCCCCCUUCCCCUACUCAUCAUCCCAUGCCUGUCCAUGCGCAGCACGCAACCCCCCCUUCCCCUACUCAUCAUCCCAUGCCUGUCCAUGCGCCACACGCAACUCCCCCUUCCCCUACUCAUCAUCCCAUGCCCGUCCAUGCGCAGCAUGCAACUCCCCCUUCCCCUACUCAUCAUCCCAUGCCUGUCCAUGCGCAGCACGCAACUCCCCCUUCCCCUACUCAUCAUCCCAUGCCUGUCCAUGCGCAGCAUGCAACUCCCCCUUCCCCUACUCAUCAUCCCAUGCCUGUCCAUGCGCAGCACGCAACCCCCCCUUCCCCUACUCAUCAUCCCAUGCCUGUCCAUGCGCCGCACGCAACUCCCCCUUCCCCUACUCAUCAUCCCAUGCCUGUCCAUGCGCAGCACGCAACCCCCCCUUCCCCUACUCAUCAUCCCAUGCCUGUCCAUGCGCCGCACGCAACUCCCCCUUCCCCUACUCAUCAUCCCAUGCCAGUCCAUGCGCAGCACGCACCUCCCCCUUCCCCUACUCAUCCGCGCAUCCAAUGCCUGUCCAUGA